GCAUGCAGACCCAUGUAAGGACCUCUUCCUGGGAAAGUGCUGAACUACAUCUGCAUCUGCUAGCAGUGGUACAUGGUCACACUACUGUGUGAAUUAUUCUUGCUCUGGACAAGGCUAACUCAAGUACGGACAUCAAGUCAUGGCAUAGUGUCUACCAUGCUCCCCUCUGGUCCAGUUUCUCUUGCAUUGACUUGAGGUGAUACUUUUUUUGGAAGCCUUCACUGUGUACAGAUUUGUCUGUAUCUGUCAAGAUGUUCUUGGAACGUUUCUCAGAAGAAGCAAUCAUACCUGCAAGCUGGCCUCAGCAGGUAGCACUGAGCAUGUGUGAAUACCCAGGACACUGAGGUGGUGUUAGUGUCCUUUGGACUCUGAUAGCCAAGUAUAAGAGCACCUUGUCCAUCAGUGUGCCACUUGUUUCCUGGGGCAGUACCAAGAGAGGAUAAAGAACUUGAAGAUGCACUGUAACGAUAUCUGGGAUGAUAGUAGACCUCCCAGAUGUGGAAGAAAAUCCUGCCUCACUUUGGCACUUUGGAAUCAGCACCAAGAAGGGUACCCAUAAGUUUUCUCUUGGGAGAAGAGAAGGAUACUCCAUUCAGACUCAGGAUCUGAAUACAGACCAGGACAUGUCUGAGACUGUGCUGGGCAUCCAGAUCUCUUUGUAGAGACAGAAACUCCAGAGACAGCAGCCAAGUGGGUUUGGGAGGAGAGAAACUCAGGAAAUAAGGGAAUCUGCACAAGGUGCUAUGAAUUUACCAAGGCCACAGCUGGAGAAUUCUGGCUCCCUAGCUGAAGCAUUUGAUCAGAUGUCUGGCAACAUAAGUGAUGAUUCCAGACAAAUUUUCCUGUCAACAAAUGGAAAACAAGGAAAACAUGUUGCUUUUUGACUUCUAGAGAGACAUGGGAAGGGACAGUGGAAUGUACAGAAUGCAUUCAGGAAAAUGGAAGUUUGAAGAUGAUAAACUAAACUGAUUUUCUGAUUGCCAAGACAAGUCUAGGGAAGAGGAGAGAGAAACUAUGGCAGGGAGACUGCGUAAUGGGGAAAAGAAGCUGGAAGAGCAAGAGUUCCAGCAGGGGCUCUUCAGGGAGUACAUGCAUUGCCCGAAGGCAGGCUGCACGGCUUUAAGACAGCAGCAGAAAAGAAGAAAUGGAGUCUCAAUGAUGGUAAACAAGACUGUUCCUCGUGUUGUUUUGACACCAUUAAAGGUGUCUGAUGAGCAGUCGGAUUCACCUUCAGGAUCUGAAUCUAAAAAUGGUGAAGCAGAUGGUUCUGAUAAAGAGAUGAAACAUGGGCAAAAGUCUCCAACAGGAAAACAAACAAGCCAGCACUUAAAGAGGUUAAAAAAAUCUGGUUUAGGACAUUUGAAAUGGACCAAAGCUGAGGAUAUUGACAUAGAAACACCAGGAUCUAUUCUAGUGAACACUAACCUGAGGGCUUUAAUAAAUAAACACACCUUUGCUUCUUUACCUCAGCAUUUUCAACAAUACCUCCUGCUUUUGCUUCCAGAAGUAGACAGGCAGAUGGGCAGUGAUGGAGUUUUGCGCCUCAGCAGCUCUGCUCUGAAUAAUGAAUUCUUCGCCUAUGCAGCACAGGGGUGGAAACAGCGACUGGCAGAAGGAGAGUUUACGCCAGAAAUGCAGCUGCGCAUCAGACAAGAGAUCGAAAAGGAAAAGAAAACAGAACCUUGGAAAGAAAAAUUCUUUGAAAGGUUUUAUGGUGAGAAAUUGGGAAUGUCAAGAGGGGAAUCAAUGAAACUCACUGCAGUGCAGAACAAUGAUGAGGAUGAAAGCAAUUCUUUAUGUGGAUCUUCUGGCACGCCUGGGCCUUCUAAGCAAGCAACCUUUGAUGACCAAGAGGAGAAAAGCACUAAAAUUCCACCUCUAGCAGAGAAAGAUUGUUGUCCGACUCUCUGUGGUAUGGAGCAGGUUCCUGGAAAGGAUGUAACAGCAGACUCAGAGGAUGUACUGAUACCUGAAGAAUCAGUCAUUCAAGAGGAGAUUGCUGAAGAGGUUGAGACAAGUAUUUGUGAAUGCCAGGAGGAGAACCAUAAAACAGAACACGAGUUUUCUGAGGAGUCAGUCAGUCCAGCUGGCACAAAUGAAGAAACAGAGGCAGUACAGCUUGCAGACAGCACUGAGUCCUGUGUCAUGAUGAAUGAUGUAACUGAUACUGUACCUCACAUUGAAAUUAAAGUGGAGUUGAAGUCAGAAUGCCCUCAGGAAGAGAUGUCAGUUGUGAUAGAUCAGCUGGAGGAUUGCGUAUCACCAGCACAAUCAGCUUCAUCCACGAACUCUGUCAGCGAUACAGCAGAGAAGGAUUCUGAGUCUGCAAAAGAGCUAAUUGCACCAGAAAUGCAGAAUGCUGGUCUGGAGGGCUCCGUGUUCACUGGUGGAGGCAUUGCAGUGGACAUGGAGCUUCAGAGUGACCCUGAGGAACAGUUGUCUGAGAAUCCCUGCAUUUCUGAAACUUCCUUUUCCUCUGUAAGCCCAGAAGGACCGUGUGUGUGUAUUGCGUCUCCUGGAGGAGACACUCAGUCGACUUCAGAGGAACCCUGUACUCCAGCGUCUCUUGAAACAGCUUGCUUGUCUGAAGUGUCCAGUACUGAAAACAUUGAGGGUGACAUUCAGCAAAAGGCUAGUGAUGAAAACUUGCACACACCUUUAAUGUCAGAAAUCUCUCCAAUGUCAACCUCACCUGUAACCUCAGAAGCAUCUCUGAUGUCAAACUUACCUUUAACAUCAGAGGCAUCACCAGCUUCUAAUUUACCUUUAACGUCAGAAACGUCGCCGAUGUCUGAUUUGCCUUUAACAUCAGAAACAUCUUCAGUGUCUUCUGUUCUGACUUCUGAAGCAUCUGUGGCAAAUAGUUUGCCUCUUCCAUCGGAGACGUCUCCAGUUUCUAAUUCCCCAAACAACGAAAGACUUCUUCUGCAGCAGAGGAAGUCACCAUGUUUGUUGGAAGACUCUCUUCCCCCGUUGAAAGAGGAAAGCUCUGCCAUUCCUAAGGUGGUGCAAGAAGAGAAUCUUGUUGUUCAGCCAAAGCAGCUUCAGAGCGCCCCUGAAAAUGUGAAAGUUGUUCCACUGACAAUUAUACCUGAUACUUCAGUCUUGGAAGAGCCUCAAAGCAAAAACCUCAGUCAUCAGCCAUGUAAAUCACAUCCUGAAGUCGAGAAAUCCUACAUUGCUUCCAUCCCAGACCACUCUCCUCCAGAGGUGAUCAAAGUUAAAAGUCAUGGUGUUCAGCAGAGGGGUGACAAGAAAGGUGCGCUCCUGCCACCAGAGGUGACUGUCUUAUCAGAAGCGUCAGCUGGCAAAAAUAUCGAACUGCUUCCCUCAAAGCCACAUGAUAAACUCUAUACCUCAUCUCUGGAGAAAGCUUCUUUCUCUGAAGUAUGCAGAAACAAAUCCCACAAGCUAACAGGCAGCACCCAGAGCCGGCUAGAGAGUUCACAUGCUUCCAAAUCGUUAGAACCCACAAAAUCACCUGAAGUGAGGAAUGAAAGUAGAGACCCAGAGAUCCCAAAGAGGAAGACAGCAGAACAGCACAGCUUUGGAAUCUGCAAAGAGAAGAGAGCUAGAAUAGAUGAGGAUCAGCCUAGCCGUAGCGCUUCCUCGACCAGCCCAUCUGAGAAAGACCAACCGCCUAGAGAGGAGCCCCGAGUUCCACCCCUUAAGAUUCAGCUUUCAAAAAUUGGACCACCUUUUAUCAUCAAGAGCCAACCUGUUUCUAAACCAGAGCCUCGAGUUUCCCCAAGUACAUCGGUCAGCAGUGGGAGAAACACUGGGGCUAGAACUCUUGCGGAUAUCAAAGCACGAGCGCAGCAAGCAAGAGCCCAAAGAGAAGCUGCAGCUGCAGCAGCCGUGGCAGCAGCUGCAAGCAUAGUCUCUGGAGCAAUGGGGACCCCAUGUGAAGGUGGGAAGACAAGAACACUGGCACACAUCAAGGAGCAAACAAAGGCCAAGCUAUUUGCAAAGCAUCAAGCCAGAGCUCAUUUGCUCCAGACUAAUAAAGAAUCUAAGUCGCAGUUCAGCUCAAAGGAAAGUACCUCAUCAUCUCUGGAGAUACCAACUUCUACUGACACAAAGAUUGAAGGUUCUACUGGUGUCAUUAUAGUUAAUCCUAACUGCAGGUCCCCCAGCAACAAGUCUGCUCAUCACCGUGAGACUACCACGCUAUUGCAGCAGUCACUUAACACGGCCACGCUACCAGAAACUGCUACUGAUAUAUCUGUGCACAGUUCUGAUGAAAAUAUACCUAUGCCACAAUUGUGUGAGAAAGUUAUUUCAUCUACCUCUACUGAAAGUAACAGUGUGCCAGUGCUUUAUAAUAAAAGUUCAGUCUCUGUGUCUGUUUGCAGCACUGCUAUGUCUGGAGCAAUUAAAGAACUUUCUUUUGCAAGUCCUGUUGAUAAAUCCUCUGUUUUAAUGUCUGUUGACAGUGCAAACACAGCAGUUUCAGCUUGUAACAUAAGUAUGCUGAAAACCAUCCAAGGGGCUGAUACUCCGUGCAUAGCCAUUGGACCAAAAUGCGUAGAUGGCAGUAGUGUCUCCAUAGACAGCACGGCCUUGCCCGGGGCCAUCGACGACAAAAGGUUGCCGAUACCGAGUAGCAAUGCGAAUACCACAGUCUCCAGUCAUUAUGCCACUGUGCCAGCUUCAUCUAUUGCUCAUAACUUGCCAAAUCAUCUCUCUGGUAAUUCUGUACUGAUUCCCCCGGUGGGGACUACCAACAGAUUUCCUUCUGAUAAGAUAGCCAUAACUGGGUGUAACGAGCAGAGCACUGUCUCCGUUCACACCACUGUUAGGUCAGCUUUAAGUUGCAGUGAGGGCCUUGCAGGAGCAGAGCCUGUGGCAAGGGCACCCAUGUCAAUGUUUACUGGUAACAUGGUGACAAUAAGCUCCUAUGAUAAUGCUACUAAAUUAAAUGCUGAUCUCUUAGAAAAAAGCUCUGGAGCACGGAACCGGAUGGAUCUCUCUGGUAAAUCUCAGCCAGUGAACUUCACACAAACUGCCAUGAAUAGGUCUAUACCUUGCAAGGUCAUUGUUGACCACACUACAAAUCUGAAUUCCAGUCUGUCACUUUCUUCUUCUCUUGAAAAUGCAGACAACAGCAUUGACCUGCCGAGCAGACCCGUAAGGACAGAAGCUGCCUUACAAAGUAUAGCCUGUCCUCAGGUGUCUGUCAUAAGCAGGCCUGAAGUGGUGUCUAGCGAAAGCCUUGAGCACAGUUCCAGCUUUAUCACCAUUACAGCGAAGCAAGACAGCAAGAACUUGCAGGCAGGUUGUUCAAGCCUUCGAGAAGUGCCUCUUGCUCCUCAAGAUAAAUUAAUUGAGGUGGUUACUCCCAGCCAAGGUUUUGCUGAGCAAUUAAGAGGUCCUUCAGCGUUUAAAAGUGAAGCAGAGGCUGCCUGUGCCAAUCAGUAUAACGCUAACAAUAGGAUUUGUUGGCAUGAUGAAGAGGCGAUGAGCACUGACCAGCCAGUGGUCAGCCAUCUGAACUCCGGUAAGCAUAAGGAAUACACAGAGCAAAACUGCUUAAAAAGUGUCAAAAUCGAACCCUCCAGUUACACGCAGAUGUCAGAGCUGCAGUCCAGGAGCCUGCUGACGAGCAUUGCCGUUCCUGUUAAAUCAGAAGCUAAUGAGUCUGACAAGUGCUUCAGGAUGGACACCGAGGAUUUUACAGGACCUGAAAUGCCCGCCCAGCCUGCAGAGAUGGCCACAAGUGUGCAGCCGCCACAGACCUCCAAGACAUCCAUUGCGGACUCCAUGGAAGACUCCCUGUCCCUGACAACAGAAACCCUCAAGAGGGUUUCCAGUGCCGGGGGCUCGAGCUGUCGCUUGUCGUCAGUGGAGGCCAACAACCCCUUGGUGACACAGUUACUGCAAGGCAAUCUGCCUCUAGAGAAAGUGCUGCCGCAGCCCAGGUCAGGAGCCAAACUAGAAAUUAACAGGCUUCCCUUGCCUUUGCAAACUACCUCAGUAUGUAAAACAGCAGUGUCCGAGAGAAAUAUUGGUGAGCAUCCUUCCAACUCUCCUAAUCCAGAUGGGAAAGGAUUCACAGCAGGCAGCAUAUCCCCGCUGCAGAUCAGGAAGCGUGAAAACCAUCCCAAAAAGAGGAUGGCCAGGACUGCAGGGGAACAUGCUCAGAUUAAAUGUGAGCCUGGGAAGGUGUCAAUGGACACAGAUGUUAAAGUGGCUCCGUGUGUCAUUAGUUCCAGCAUGAACCAGCUAGGGCAUGGCCAGCCGUUUAAGCAGGAAUGGCUGAACAAACAUGCCAUUCAGAGCCGAAUCACUCACAGCCCGGAGAUCAAGCAGCAGAAGAGGCCAUUGCCUUCGUGCAGUUUCCAGCAGAGCUUAUUUCACAUGGAUAAAAAUGGCAGCUUUCAUGCAGAAGCUAGUACCUCACACAGACAGCAUUUUUACCAAAUGUCCAUGGCUGCAAGAGGCCCCAUUCCUACAGCAGCUUUGUUGCAAACUACUUCAAAAGGCCCACCUGGCUGCAACGCGUUUGCUUUUAGCAGACACCUGGAACAGAAGGGCUUGGGAGAUGUGAAUAUUUCUACAGCAGCUCACCAGCUGAGGCUAGGAAGUGUGUUUUCCCCUAAUCUUCAAAUUAAGGAAGGUGAUGACAUUGCCAGUGCCUCUCAAACUCUGCAGAGUAAAACGUUAGUGCAUCCCCCUCCUCCCCCUCCACCCCUGCCACCUCCUCCCCCUCCUCACCCAAAUGCAGAAAUCCCCUCUGAUCAAAAACAACCGACAGUUACUAUGGAAACCACUAAAAGACUUAGUUGGCCUCAGCCAGCAAGCAUCUGUAGCAAUAUAAAAUCUGAACCUAUUUCUUUUGAGGAAGGUUUAAGCAGCAGCUGCGAACUGGGCAUGAAACAAGCUUCCUAUGAUCAGAACGAAGUGAAAGAACAAUUAAAAGUGUUUGCAUUAAAAAACGCAGAUUUCUCCUCCUAUUUACUUUCUGAGCCACAGAAGCCUUUUCCCCAACUUGCUGCUCAGAAAAUCCAGCACCCGCAGCAGCAGCAGCAGCAGCAGCAGCAGCAGCAGCUCUGUGGCAGUUACCCAACAAUACACUUUGGUAGCACAAGCUUCAAACGGGCAGCGUCUGCCAUCGAGAAAUCGAUUGGGAUUCUAGGAAGUGGCUCCACCACUGCCACCAGCCUGUCUAACCAGAACGCCCAGCUCCCGGUUCAGAAGUUUGCUGACAGCAGCAAUGCUGAUGAGCUGGAACUGAAAUGCUCAUGCAGGCUGAAAGCCAUGAUCGUCUGCAAGGGCUGUGGAGCCUUCUGCCAUGAUGACUGCAUAGGGCCCUCCAAACUGUGUGUAGCUUGCCUGGUGGUGCGGUAGGAGCUGGAUCAAAGAUGCAGUAUCCCUUAGCAGCGUGAGAGAGCAGGACAGAGGCAUGGAGAAAUUGGAACAGUUUAGGCCACUAAUGGUUUGCAGUUAGCUCAUUGAUUUUACUUUUUUCCCCCUGUUUUUGUUCACCCACAUGGUGCAUUCAGAAUUUAGUUACUCCUGCCUGAGUGCCAUUUCCUGAGAAGAGGAGGAGAUCUGUAGAAAUAGGUUCAAAAUUAAAGAAAAAAAACAAACAAAACCAGGCCAGCCUUGCUACUGAAGCUUCUGUGAGCUUCCUUGCUGUGAUUAAAAGAAGAAAAAAGGGGAGGAAAAAAGGCAUUAAUGCAUCUUUCAUUGUGUCUUUUUAUUUGCACAAAGUGCAGCACAUUUUCUUUCUCUGCUUUUUGAUAGCUGAUGCGAGCUGCAGGUUAAAGAUCAGUGGAAGAAUAGUGGAAGGAGUAACUAUGCAGAGUAAGUAACACACUGAGUAGCAAGUGUUGUCAGCAGGGCAGUAGUGGCAGGGUGUGGGCUAUCACCCAGCACAGCCUCUAAAUCAGUUGGCAGUUCGUCUGCUGGCAGGAUUGUUUUCUUCAAUUGGCUUUGACUAUCCAGGGCUAAAAUAUACUUCACCUGGCAAAAAAACAGAAGAGAUUUAGAGGAGUUUCCUUGUGUGCUUGCCAGAGCCUAUGGAACUCAAAUCUUACUCCUCAUCUCUUCUUGUUGGUUCCUUGGGAAAGAUUUGUGUAUGUGAUGGGUUAGUGAGAGCAGCACCGAAAUCUUGUAGGCUUCAGCAGAGUCUGGAGACAGUAACUUCUCUAUGGGGGAUUAGAAACUUUUCUCUUCCUGUACCUGCUUAAAUGUUCUUUAUUUGUCUCUCUAAUCUAUCCACUCAAAUUUGUCAGACCCAAAUACAUAUACAUAGGGUCAGACUUGGAUGUUUUUAGCCUUUCCAUAGCCUGAAAAUGAUGCAUUCUUAUGAUGAAUGGAUAAAGAAAGAUUCUUGAUAGCAUAUUGGUCGAUUUUCAGUUGUUUCUCCUCCUAUGUGACUUUCUCUAUUCGAUUAACAUCUCAGAGUUUUGCCAUUUAAAUUGAUUCUUAGAAUUACUUGCAGGACUGAUUUUUAAUUUUUUUUUCUUUCUCAAGAGGAAUUCAGACCCCUUACUCUACUUUUUAGACAUCUGGAAGUUAAAAGUCAUUUUUAAAAGGGAUACUGCAUCUUUGAAGUAACCUUCAGUAUUUAUCCAGUACUGUAUUUCUGUUCAGGACUAUAGCUGCAUUCCAGAUGUGCUAGCCACCACAACAGCAGAGAAUAAAACUGAUGACUUGAGGACCCUAUUCACCUAAAAGGAAUAUACUAUAAAGGGAUAAAGCACAUGCAGUUGCCGGGGAGGUGAAAAUACCUUGGAUGUCAUUUUGCUCUCACUUCAAGAACACAAAAUGUGGAGUGCAAGUCAUCCAUCUGCCAAUACCUGGUUGGGUCUGCCCAAAUGUCAGCAUCAGAGAGAAAUGUUAGUUUUGCCACUACAGUAGAACCUCACUAAUCCAAAGACCUGAUGGUCUGCUCAAGAAAAUUGAUUUCCCUUCCACAGUUUUCAGAGAGCAAUGUAGUCAGAAUGUGCGAGAUGUAAUACUGCUCAGAUUUAGUGAUGCAUUUACUGUUGUGUUCUGAAAUAUUGAUGUGAAUGAUAGAACUGCAUUUAGGAAAUGAAAAAGACCACUACAUUGUACACCAUUUGGUUUAAAUACAAUCUCUGCUUGCAUAUUUAUUCAUAAGCUGCAGCUGGUCCCCCUGACAUGGGUGCUUAUUAGUGAGGUUCUACUGAAUGCAGGAACGACAUUUCUUUCCUUGUGGGACCAUUUUCACAAACAUGAUAAAUGCCAUUUAUUGUCUUAAAAAUGAGCUGGAAUAACUACAACAUACAUUCCUGUCACAGGAAGCUCUAUGGUGCACCUUGAUGUUCUCUUUUAUUGUAAUUAGCAACAUAUCAAUAUUAUUUUUGACACUGUGUGGUACAAAGGCCAUUUCUAAUUACACUAACGAAUUUGUUGCUGAUACAAUAAUAUAUAUAUAUAUAUAUAUUAUUUUUUUCUAUACAAAAGUGCUCCUUAAUACAGCAUGUGAGUUAAGAAAUGGCUUCUCAGCACUUUUCAGGUUUUCUGGUAGGAAAAUAAGCCAGCCAAGCAAAAACCUAAAAGUAACCACGUGAAAAUUAGCAUCCAGUGCUACGCCGGCUGCUGGCAAACAGUGGCUGGAAAAUACUCAUGAGUAAGCAUGAGUGUAGUCAGUUAAUGCAUAUCAGGUUUGUAUCUGAGGAGCCUUUGUAUUGGAAUUGUAUUGCAUUGUAUUUAUACUGGGUAGAGGUAGGAUACUUCUGUUGCAAAUACAGAGAAUGACCAGUCUUAGACUUCUAGUAACCUAUGUUUAUAAUAAGCCUGCUGGGAAUCCUUAUUUCUAGCUCAGGUUUUCCUGUCCACAGCACAUAAGUCAAUAUUUGUUUGUACUUGCAUCUUGAGAUACUUUAUGUAUUGACUGACAUAAUGCAGAAAUAAAUUCCAGCCACAAAAUAGUUUUACUUUGUUUGAGGGAUGAGAGUGUGACUAAUGUGGUUAGGCAACUCAUGUCAUGCUGUCAUUUUUAUGUCAGGAUUGCAACUUGCAUGUGUGAGGUCACGAUAAAAUGCUGUUUUGAAUGGCAUUAGACUGGAUGGUGCUGUGUUAUAUUACACGACUGACCAAACGCUUCCCUAGUGCAGUUCCGCUCCUUUCAUUCUGGAAUUGCACCAGGAAUAAAUUAGACCAAUUAAUUAGCAGCAGUUGUUAAGUGUUGUUACAGGUUUAUAGUUCUAGGGUAUUUGAAAUACUCAAAAGCAACUACAGUGAUAGAGGAGCCUGACUGCAUCCUGGUGUGACUGCAAACCUCGCUUGGAUUCUGCUAUCACACAAACACUUGGUGCAGAGUGACCCUUUGGUCUUCAGUAUGAACACAAUCACACUUAGAGGUCAAUUUUUAAUGACUUCCUCUAUUUUUUUUCAGCCCCCCAGUGUCAUGUGUUUUCUAACUACCAUGCAGUUUGCACCAUAGGGUGUUAAUAGUUUAUGCACUGAAAAGUGGUGAAAGAACUGCUUAAGGACACACUGCUCUGCGUUUGCGCGUCCGUACGUAUGCGUCCCCACGUCCAGCAUGUUUCAUUUACACUUUUGGUUUUACAAUCUCCAAAGUUGUAUCCCUACUCCUAUCCCUGGAGCAGCAUUUUUUAAGUGAGAGGGAGAAAUACUUUUUUUUUCCCCCUCUGUCUUCCCUCUAUUUUGUUUUAAUUGCAUACCUAUGAGAUAUGGAGAUAACAUUAGGGCAUUUGCAGUGUGUGUGUUUGUGUGUGUUUCUGUGCCGGACUAAUUCUUCCAAGCAGAAACUCCCUUUGAAAUAAUGGUUUUAGAAAAAAAAGAAACAAACAAUCCAACUUAGAAAUGGUGAACUGGAUGCUCCCUGAUUGCAUUUCAUUUAUCUGCUGAGGUCUAGUACAUGGAAUAGCAUUUAAAAGACAAAAAAAAAUAAAAGAAAGGUUGAGCCAUAAAGCAAAAAGGUAUCUUAUUCUCUGUACUAGAGACUUUUCUUCUUGAGGGUGGUGCAUGUCUUCAGGGUAAGCUACAGAACGUGCAGAUGGUUUUUCAGGGCCCUGCAAUGCCUUGCACCGCUCUGGAGCUGGUGCAUCUGGUGCUUUAUAAUGCAAUUUCUGAAGUAAAAUUACCUUAUGCUGCACCCCCUUCCCCUUCUAAACACACGCACAAUUUCAGAGUCGUUAGUGUAGCCUCUGGUUUGGCAGUUUCUCCAAGGUGUGGUGAAGUACCAGGAUAAACUCUCAAGGUGAGCUGAGAAGUGUCACCAGCAGGGAUCAUUUUAGCUGACACACGCAAACGGCCCCGCUCUGGACACUGAAUGACUUCUGCAGCCUCCUGGCAGCAGCGCAGGGGUUCCUCUUCUGUGGCUCUGCAGAAUGCUGAGGAAGGGGGGAAAGCAAACAAAACAUUCAGUGGAUUUAUCAUGGACCUGUGUGGCUAAAUGUUUCUGAACCUAUGAAAUCCUGUUGUCUUCGGUCAUCAUGCUUUGUCACUGUAAAACCAACAAAAAGAAAAGAAGAAGAAGAAGAAGAAAAAAAGGCAUUUUUUAGUCUAAUUUAAGGAGCUGCUUCUUUUAUAGCACAUAAUAUUUCGCUUUGUACUAUAUUUGAUAGUUAAAGAAUAAUUUAGUCCGUAGAAUAACUUUGUUGUAUUUGUACUGUUCAUGAAUGUUACAAGAAAAGUGCUUUACUUUGUUGCCAUAAUUCUCUUGUACUGCUGUAAGAUAUUUUUUCUGCUCUACAGAAACUUAACUCAAUUCACAUUUUCAGUACAGGGUUUUGGGGUUCUUGGUUUGGUUGGGGUUUUUUUUUUAUGUGUGUGUCUAUGUAAUUUUUUUUUUUGUUUGGUUUGGUUGGUUUUGGUUGGGUUUUUUUGUCAGUAUUCUGAAUGUUUACAUCUGUUUGCCAUUAGCCAUUCUAUGCCUUCCCAGGGCAGUAUUACUCCUGCAGUAUACCAGCAAUGUGAAAUCCACUCGUACCUACCGUGCAUGAGAAGUGCAGGUUCGCUGGGGAGAUCCCUCACCUGCAGAGAUGAUGCUUCUAUUCGCAGUCAGUGAAGUGAAUACCUUCCUUCAGUCCUCUACCAAAGAAAAUAUUACUCCCACAGGACAAGCUCAGAAAGUGGCUCUCUGGCUCUUCAGAAGGGGGUGUAGAUGGUUUCAGCGGGGUUACUACAGUUUCAUGCUGUUAUGCUUUGCUUUGUUACCCUACCAGAGGGGACUGGGUGCGAAGAGCAUUUUAGCAAUGUCUUUGUUUCAAGACAGUGUUUUGUUUAGAAUUCAGGGAUCAUGCUUCCUUUAAUGGUGCUGUUUCUUUUCUUUCUGUUGUUUUGGGUUUUUUUUUAAGGAAGAAAACCUUUUGUUGCCUACAGAAAUGACCAUUCACAAAACCAUAAGUUAAAAAUAGAAGAAUUUGUCUUCAUAACUUUUCUCCCUCUCCUUUCCCCCUUCCUUAUCCCUUGGAAAUAACAACUCGGGCUUCAGUAUUAAACUAUUCUGGAGGAAAACAAAAUAAUAAAGAGGUAAAAUAA